AAUCUUAGCACUGAUUAGACUGACAAAAGGCGUGACCUUGUGGGCGAACUAGGUGUAAUGACUUUCAGGUGGUGUGGUACCAAGUGUAUACAAACAUGGUGGCUUAGGAAAACAAAUUUGUUGAAUGUCUCCAGUUUACAAAUAAACUUAUCAUGCAACCAGAUGAGAUUAUCAUCUUGGCGUCAUUUAGUUCCAGAAAACAAAACAUUCUAUUCGGGAAAAUGGGAACCCUCUUUGUCUGGAAAAACUUUUUCGGUUGUAAAUCCGGCUACAGGUGACUGCUUAGGUUCAGUCCCAGCUUGCUCAAAUAAUGAAUGUGAAAUUAGUGUCAAUGUAGCUUCAGUUAGUCAAAAAGAAUGGGCAUUGAAAACACCAGAUGAGCGAUCUUCCAUCAUACGUAAAUGGGCAGAUGCUAUUCGAAAAAAUGUUGACUCAUUAACGGAUCUUAUUGUAGCCGAAAAUGGGAAAUCAUUAUCUGAUGCACGUACUGAAGUUCUAACAGGUGUUGCUGCUCUAGAAUGGUAUUCUGAAGAAGCCAAACGUGUUUUUGGUCAUCACAUUCCAUCAUUGCGUUCUCAUUCACGACAUCAAUUAAUUGUACACCAACCAAUUGGUGUUGUUGGUGUAAUUACCCCGUGGAAUUUUCCACUUUCUAUGGUUACACGAAAAGUUGGUGCUGCUUUGGCUUCAGGUUGUUCCGUAAUUAUUAAACCAGCUGAAGAUACUCCAUUGACCUCACUGGCUCUUGCUUAUCUUGGCGUUGAAGAAGCAGGCAUACCUCCAGGUGUUUUGAAUGUAAUUACAGCUGCAAUUGAUAACAAUGACGCAGCUCAAGUUGGAAAUGUGUUAUGUACUCAUCCGUCUGUUCGCUUAAUUGGAUUCACUGGCUCUACAAAAGUGGGAAUGAUGUUAUACGCUAAAGCUGCCAAGUAUGGUAAACGUGUUCUUUUGGAAAUGGGUGGUAAUGCUCCGUUUAUCAUUUUCGACUCUGCAAAUAUUGAGAAAGCUGUUGCUGGAGCAGUAGGAUGUAAAUUUCGUUGUUCUGGACAAACUUGUAUAUCAGCAAAUCGUAUUUUUGUUCAUGAUAAAAUACAUGAUGUAUUUGUGAAAAAGUUAACUGAAGCUGUUUCUCGUCUACACAUGGGCAAUGGUGCUAAUCCAAAUACCAAUUUAGGUCCAGUGAUCAAUGAAGCAGCCAUAACUAAGAUUGAAAGACUAGUUAAUUCAUCUGUAGAAAAUGGUGCACAUCCAUUAAUUGGUGGUCAUGGUAGAUUAAAAGGUAAAGAUUCAUUUGGGUUCGAGUAUUCCAAUGGUUAUUUUUAUCCGGCAACUGUUCUAUCAAACUGUCACACUAAAAUGGCAUGUAUGGAAGAAGAGGUUUUCGGUCCUGUUGCUUCAGUUUGCAGAUUUAAAAAUGAAGAAGAACUGAUAGAAUUAGCUAAUGCAACACCAUACGGUUUAGCUGGUUACAUGUAUACAGAGAAUAUUAAUCAAGCAUGGAGAAUCGCAGAUCAAUUACAAGUUGGUAUGGUUGGUAUUAAUACAGGAUUUGUAAGUACUGUUGAAUUACCAUUUGGUGGAGUGAAAAACUCCGGUAUCGGACGUGAAGGUGGACCAAAUGCUUUACAUGAAUUCAUGGAUAUUAAAACAAUCACUUGGGAUACAUCAGAUAAUUAGGGAGAUUUCUUAUUUUCUUUUAAAUCAUUCAAGUUUACUUUUAGUCUUUCAACACAAGGUUGUUAUGUUGUCCCGAGUGUUAAGAUACAACAUCAUUAAAUUCAAAUCUUAUUAUUUGAUGUCUCUAACUUCUUUUUUUUCUAAAUUUUUUAUUUAUCUACUCUUACUUUCCACUCAUAUUCGUCUAAUAUUACAACUAGACAAAUAACUAAUUUUCAUGUAUAGUUUUAACUUUAAUUUUGGAAAUAGUAAGUAUACUGCUUUUUUUAAAAAAAAAUUCAAAUAUUCAUUUUAGUAAAUGAAAUCUUCCAGUUUCUCACUAUUAUUCAAUAAUCUGGAUAAAGUUAAUUUUUUAUUUUUUUUGAUUUUUAAUACUUCAUCAAUGAAAGUCUUUAGAUAAUAGUUGUUUGUAGAAAUUUUAAUGAUAUAGUUCAUUUAGAAUUGAUGUUUGAAUAUGUUAUUGUUAAAAAUAUUGAUGAAUGCUUACUUGAUCUAUUUGGUGUUAUUUACUUAUAAAAGCUUGGGUUUAGAUUGCUGAAUGAAAUGUUGAAUUUAUCUGUAAAAUGC